AUGGAAAUAAAAAUUGACUGUAUUGCUGUAACAACUUUGGCAGCAGUUGGACCAGAGCUGGCCCCACCACGGGACCUGAUCAUGAUCACUUUGAACACCAAUUAUGCAUUAAGCUGGGACUGGGACCAGAAUCACACAGAGAGUCAUGCUGUCACCUUUACCACACAAUAUGUUGGGAAGUAUAAGCUGGAGUCCCAGAAGACGAGUCCAAACUGGUCCACGGCAUGUGAGGCAAAGUCACGCAGGUCAUGUGAUCUUACAAUGCGCGGCCUGAACUACCAUGGCAUUUAUGUGCUUCGUGUUCGAGCCAAUGCAAAUGGGCAUCACUCCAAAUGGGUCCAAUUGGAAUUCUGCCCUGAUAAAGAUGCUGCUCUGGGCCCUCCUGCCAAAGUGGACCUUGCACCUGCUGGAAGUGACCUCGAUGUUUUCAUCUCUGAACCAUUGACAAGCAUCAACACCUCCAUGAAGGAACUUUCAAAAAUGUACUACCACAUCCUCUACUGGGAUCAUCCUGAAGACUCAAAGGCCUUAAGAACCCAGACGUUAAGCAGCGAGGCCAAACUGGUGACUUUGCCAGGCCUAAAGGCUUGGACGUUGUACUGUGUGAGCAUCCAGUCAUGCAACGACUUCUACAACAAGAGCAGUAGCUUCACUUCGCCCCAGUGUAUGGAGACUGAAGGUAAUACUCCAUGGUGGCAGAUCAUCCUGUACUUCGUGGGCUCUCUGGUGAUCUUCUUCCUUGUCAUGCUGCUCAUACUCUGCGGCCCCUUUUGGUGCUACAAAACACUCAAGGCAAAGUUGUACCCCUCCAACCAGUUGCCUCCACAUUUCAAGGAAUAUCUCUAUGACUCUCGUAGUUCUGACAUUCCUCGCCUCCUCACUCCGGGUUCAGAAUCAGAGCUGCUGUGUGAUAAUGUGAUUAUUUGUGCUGAGCCAACAGCCCUGGAAAUCCACAUAUUUCGUCCUGAUGCCAUGGCAGCUCCUCCAUCAGACCUGAAGUCAGAUACCAGUGGAAGACACAGUCGGCAGCAGCAGCAGCAGUGGAGACUCUGGAGUUUUAUCUACUGGGGGAACCUCCAACCUGUCACAGCUCAACAGCAGUCAAACCUGCACAGGAACGGAAGACCUGGAGCAGGUAAAGAUGCAGGAAAUGACUCCAGGGCUCGAGACAUAACUUCUGAUAGCAGAUGA